GCUACCCUUCUUCCUUGCUUGUCAUGAACGCUCCCCCCUCCCAAUAAGGAACUCCGCCUUUCUCCUGUUGCGGAUUGGUGCUGUGCUGAGCAGACUACACGGAACACUGUUUUGAUUUCUUCCUCUUUCUAAUCACGAGCUGUAAAAGCAGAUGCAAGCAGUCCGUCAGAACUUCGGACGAAUCGACAUGACCUAGCCCAAGCUCGACGAUGACAAGUUUGAUGGGUAUGGCGCACCUACUCUGUGUGGCCUGGCUGCUGGCUCUCCUCCCUGCCUACCCGACCGCUGGUCACCCAGGCAGUGUACGCGGUGCACUCCCUCCUCUCGAUAAGCUCCCCUUUCUGACGGUGUGGAACGCGCCGACGGCCUCCUGCAGCAGCCGCUAUGGCGUGGACCUGGACCUUACGGUCUUCGACAUCAUUGCCAACCAUGACCAGGUCUUCAUGGGAGACAACAUCACCAUCUUCUAUGAGAACCACCUGGGGCUCUACCCGCACUUAACGUCCCAAGGAGAGGCCGUGUACGGCGGCGUCCCUCAGAACUCCAGCCUGAAGGACCACCUGUGGCAGGCCGACAACGACCUACGCACCUACAUGCCCGACCGGUACUUCCAAGGGCUGGCCAUCAUCGACUGGGAGCGCUGGCGACCCACCUGGGACCGCAACUGGGACAGCAAGCGCAUCUACUGGAACGCCUCGCGGGUGCUGGUCAAGGAGCGCCACCCCGACUGGAGCCCGGAGGCGGUGGACCGGGAGGCGCGGGCCGAGUUUGAGGCCGCGGCGCAGGCCUUCAUGGGGGACACGCUGAUGCUGGCCGCCCGGGUGCGCCCUGGCGGCCUGUGGGGCUUCUACGGCUUCCCCGGCUGCUACAACUACCAGUACAAAGACCUGACCAUCAACUACACGGGCGAGUGCCCAGAGGCGGAAGUCAAGCGCAACGACGGCCUGCUGUGGCUGUGGAAGGCCAGCUCGGCGCUCUACCCGGACAUCUACCUGGACCUGGGGCUACGGGGGAGGCCUGGCGAGGCGCUGCUCUACGCCAGGCACAGGGUGCUGGAGGCCAUGAGGGUGAGGGAGCAGGUCGCCCCGGCACUGCCGCCUGUGUUGCCCUACGCGCGCAUCGCCUACACCUACUCUCUGGACUUCCUCUCUGAGGUCGAUCUGAUUCAUACGAUAGGUGAGAGCGUCGCCCUGGGGUCUGCUGGAGUCGUACUGUGGGGAGAUGGCAACUAUGCAUCGUCAAAGAUGUCUUGUAACGCGGUGAAGGCCUAUGUGGAUGAGGUGCUAGGUCGCUAUGUGGUGAACGUCACAACGGCAGCCUAUGUGUGCAGCCACGACAUCUGCCACAGCAAUGGCCGCUGUCAACGACGAGACCCUGCAUCCGGGGCGUACCUCCACCUUGACCCAGUGGCUUGGGCCAUCGUCCCCAGGAGCAAGCAUGCCAGUGCCCUCCGCCAGGGACCAGCUUUCAGGGCCCAGAGGAAACCAGGGUUCUCUCAGGACAAGGCAACCAAGGAGCAGCUACUACCUUUCAAAUGCCAGUGCUUCCCAGGAUGGAUAGGGGAGCACUGCUCUGUCAAGCAUACAGCCUGACUGACUUAGACUGCACAGGUGCUAGAGAUUGGCACAGUGAAAGUGAUAGAGAAUUGCUUUAUACUAAUGUGUAAAUCUUAAUCUUACUCAAAUCUUACUAAGUUCCAUAAUGUAUACACAUAUAGUCAGUUUAACUGAUUCAUUGAUUGUACUAAGAGUUUAAUGAUCUCUCAUUCCAGUGUUUCUGUAAUCUUAUGUUAAGGUUUGGAUCCAGUUGUUACAGUAGUGUUACAUUAACAUUUGAAUCCAGUGUUAUUCAAAUGAUACACAAGAUGUCCUCAGAGAUAUUUGUAUUCGAAAUGUGGUAUUUCUCUAGUCAAACUGUACUUGAGGCGCAGUGCAUGAAUGGUUGGAGUGCUUGUAAGAUGAAUGCGUUUUUCAGAGCACUAGGUUGUAGGGAUUUUAACUUGAACUUCCAAGAAUGUUUUUUUUUUUCACCAAAGGUAGUGCUCUAGAAUCUUUGGUGUUUACUGUAAUGGUAACCGGUUGGAGCUGGUGCUGCGUUACUGAGAUAAUUCACCACAGACCUCCUGAUCUGCAUCAGCGCUAUGAGAUACGAUUAAGAGGGCACGGCCUGACUUUGGUUAGGGUAAUUAGACGGGCUUUGGUCCCUCAUUAGUGUCUCCAAAGUAGUAAGAGAUACUCUUAAAUGUCUUUGAUUUAUAUGUGCCAUACGUGUCAUGAAAAGUCAAGAAUGUUGAUCACUGACAAAUAAGCAUAUAAAACAUGAAGAUUUCUCACUGCAUGCUAGUGAUAGGCACAAUCCCAUAGCCAUAGCCUGUAGCCUAUUUACUAUUAUCAUUUACUUUUCAGUGAUUUUUAAAAUGCGAGUCACCUGAUCUUUAUCCAGGUCUCAUUACAUGAUGUACUUCAAUAUUGGCUACACUGAACCAAAGAUCUUCGAUAACCCUCUCUGACUGAAAAGUAGUAGGUGACUCCGUUGUUUGUGCAGUGACCAGUAGAUGGCGGUAAAGAAACGCCAAUAGUCCAUCACUUCCACAUGCAGCAGAACUUCAGUGAGGAUGGAGCGAACGACCCUUAAAGGACAACGCCGAUUCUCAUCAGUGGAAGUGAGGGGAAACUAUUGGUCUAUCUAAAUAAUUCUUCUCUGACAUUUUGAGGUUUUUCAAAAUGGUCUUUUUAUGUUUUCCCCUGUGUUUCUCAUGAAUUUCACGAUUGGAAUAACUAGCCUAUCGUCUUGCCUCUCCUGUUCUCCACAGCAAGGAAUUACUACUUAGAGAUAAAUUCAUUAAA